AUUCUACAUCCUCCAAUAUGCGUUUCACCACCGCCGUCCUCGCCUCGGCGACCCUCUUCUCUUCGGCAUACGCUUCGCCUGCGCCAACUGGCUACCUCCCAGCACCGACUGGCUCUGUACCAGCACCACCUGCCUACGCACCUCCACCUCCGAGCUACGCACCAGCACCUCCAAGCUACGCACCAUCGCCUCCAGCAUACACACCUUCCAAGAAUGGCCCAAAGCCUCGCAAGGGCUUCGGCCGUUGGGGCAAGAAGCAUCAGCACAGCUACAACCCAAAGCCUCAAUGUUUGAGCGACGAGGACGCCGAUCAAGGUGCCGACAUCUUCCGCCAGCUCAUUCAAGAGUACUCCGACGAGCUCGCUCUGGAGGCCCUCACGGAGGACUUCAUCGACUACACCUCCGCCGUCAACAUCAUCCGCAACCGCGGUAACGAGGGUCCAAUUGUCGUCAACGGCAUCUCCUUCGGCAGCCGUCAAGAGUUCAUGGAUGCCCAAGGCUCUCAGCCGCAGAUUCCAUUCGACACACUCCAAGUCUUUCACGGAUGUGAUCACAUUGCCAUGCGAUGGCAAACACUCCGCUCCGCCAAUGGCCAGCCCAACGAAGCAAACAACAUCCCCGUCGUCGGCAACGCCAUCAUGGAGACUGUGCCAGACACCAACAACAGCUACGGCUUCCGUAUCAAGGUCCUGUACUCGGAGUUCAACUCGGCUGCGUGGCUCGUCAACAACGGGGUCUUCACACCCACACCGAUCGCCAAGCGUGAUGUCGACCACAUCGGCAUGCUUUGAGCAAAGUCGUAUUGUUGAGUCGGGGUGUGGAUUAAUGUUCUGAACUUGGCACUCCAUAUACUG